GACCUUGAUUGAUUUUAAACGAGUUCUGGCGGUCGUCUUAAAAAGGUACCCCAGCAUCUUGCCAUUUUCCUUCAUCUCAGCGAUUUCAAGCAGACUAAUUUUAAAGUGUUGAAAGAAUAAACGUUAACAAACACAUAAGAAGACAUUUAUCAUCAUGCCUCCGAUUACCGUGACUUUAUAUGAAUUAGAUGCUGAAGUUGCCGACACGAUGUUAUCAGACUUGAAAAGUCUCCCGAAAUUACAAAUCGGCAAUUUUUCUUUGGAAUUAGAAGUGGGGGAUUUACCACCAACCCUUGAAGACGUCGCCAAAGAUGAGUUACGCGAAUCUAAAGACGUCCAAACGGAAGCUAUAGAUCGCUUGAGGGAGAUGCUUAAAGAUCUUCCAGACUUAAAAACACCAUAUCAUAGUAAUACUUGGCUCAUUAGAUUCUUAAGGCCAUGCAAAUAUUAUCCAGAAAGUGCUUUAAAACUUAUACAAAGAUAUUACCAAUUUAAAUUAGAUAACCACCAAUACUACAACAAUUUGAUCCCUUCGAAAGAAAAAAACGUUUUUGAUCACGAUAUCUUAACGGUUCUCCCGAAGAGAGAUCAACACGGACGAAGAGUAUUAGUUAUAGAACUUGGAAAACGUUGGAAAUACAAUAAAUGCACGUUAGAUGAAAUUUUCAAAGGAUGCGUUCUUUAUUUAGAAGCGGCCUUAUUAGAACCAGCAACUCAAGUGGCUGGAGCUGUGGUUAUUUUUGAUAUGGAUGGUUUAAGUUUGCCUCAAACUUGGCAAUUUACGCCAUCAUUUGCGAAAAGAAUAGUUCAUUUAAUUCAAGAUUGCAUCCCAUGUAGAUUAAAAGGUCUCCACGUAAUCAAUGAACCAUCACUAUUUAAAGUAGUAUUUGCACUAUUCAAGCCGUUUUUGAACGAAAAAUUAAAAAAACGAAUCGUGUUUCAUGGCACGGAUAGAAAGAGUUUGCACCAAUAUUUAUCUCCGGAUUGUUUGCCACAGCAAUACGGUGGAAAUUUGGAAAUUCCGAGAAUUACCGGACCGGACUGGUGGAAUUUAUUGUGUAUUUGUGAAGAGGAAUAUAAAGUGAUUAAUUCAUACGGAUACAAAAAGUAAUAAAAAACUUGUAACGCGAAUGUAUUAUAUAAUUAAUUGAAGCUCAAUCGCCAUAAAAACAAAAAGGAUUAUUAUUUUUCUUAAUGAUUUAUUUAUUAGUUUUUAUGUGUAGAAAUUGUUUUUUUAUCCUUGAUGAAAUUGAAGAACUCAUUUUGUAUAAUUUGUUAUUAUUAAUUUUCUUAGAAUUAGAAUUUUUUGGUGAAGAAAUAGUAAUAAAUAAAAUGAAGGUU